CGUAUUCCGCAUCCGGCGUGAACCCCCACUGUUACGGGCGCGGACACCCGAUACGGUGAGACUCAGACACACAGGCCGCUUCUCUCAGAGUAGAUAACGCUCGAUGCUACAGCCGCUGUAACAGAGGGAUGCUACUUGGAAACAACGCUCUUUAGAAAGGUGCAAGCUGUGUGAGAUUUGGCCCCAGUGUGAUACAAUGGGUUGCUGGGUGUCCCCUGGAUACUAUUGGGGGUGUGGCCUGACCCUGGUGCUGGCUGUGCUGCUGUGUGGGGGCCAACAGGAGGACUUCAGGAGUGCAGGUAUCGAUGUCCUGUCUGAUGUCGAUGAUGUUGCAGCAGUGAGGGGGCUGCGGAGACUGUCACCACAGGGACUGCAGGUGACGGAGAACUUCCCAGGCUUCAAUGUCAGUGAGCAGGUAGCAGCCGAGUUCCUCAAGAGGAUCUAUGGUGAGAUCAGCAUUUCCUUCACAGCCCAUACAGAGGAGGCGCACAAGAUCCGCCUCCUGGAGAUUUACCAACCUGGGAAGAAGCUGCCUUAUUUGGAGUCGUAUCUCAACACGAAGAGCGGGAACGUGGUGGUCCGCUAUCAGGGAACCAAAUCUUUCCAGCGGGUUGUGGUCAAGAAGGUUCUCCCUGCAUGGAAAUGGAGCUCUCUGGAGGUGAAGUUAAAUAGAAGCAGUUUACAGGUGUCUGUGGACUGUGACAGCACACAUGUCACAUCGCUAAGACAACCACUUGCGCCACCACCAGAGAGAGCUGAAGUGUGGGUUGGGAGAAAAACAGAGUCUGAUAAACAGAUGAAGGGCAUUGUGUUUGAUGUGAGGCUGUACCCAUCAACAGGUGAUCACACAGACAGGUGUAAAGACAUCCUCCACUCAGGUGCGACACAGAUACAGUCAGAUGACGGUCAGGGUGCAAGGCGUGGCACGGGGCGCGGCACAGGACGCAGUGUCAGGCGGGAUGACAACCUAGAAGAUCGAGUGUUGCUGCUGGAGAGACAGCUAGCACAGCUCGUCAUCACCGUGGAUACGCUCAAAUCUCAGAAUACAGACCUGAGUAACCGAGUGGCGUUCCUAGAGACAUGCGAGUGUCGCCCCCUAUGUUCCCACGGCGGAGUGGUCUACGAGGAGGGACAGACCUGGUCACGUGACCUGUGUACGGUCUGUCAGUGUGUGGGCGGCCAACCAGAAUGUAGCGUGCGCCCGGACAUACCGUCCUGUCAGACUCCCUGCCUAAGUUCCCCCUGCUCUGCACAUGGCUCCUGCCAUGACCUUGAACCUACUGCCGGCAGCUUCCAGUGUCAGUGUCAGCCUCCAUAUGAUGGCCCGACAUGUCAGACACGACGGAACCCAUGUGUCUGGGGCCCAGAGCCAGGAUCCUGCAACCAGACCAUCCCACGCUACUUCUACAACCGAUUUUCCCAAGGAUGUGACACCUUUAACUACACAGGUUGUGGAGGCAACAUCAACAACUAUCCCACCAUGGAUCAGUGCAAUGACACCUCAAUGCAUGGUGCCUGUUGCUACCGACGAUAUUCUACCACACUGGUGGACAUUGUGCAGAGUGACCAGCAGCUGGAGAUCAGAUGUGAGAAACUUCAUGUUGGAGCCUGCAAGUCUCUGCACCGUCAACCAGAUGGAGAUUUUGAGACAGAGGUGAUCAGCUUCUACCCGGGGAUGACCUGUGAGGAGGCUGGGUGUGUCACAGCAGGUGCUUGUGUGGUGGGAGGGCUUAUUGAGCCAGUGGACUCGAAGUUCCGUCUCGGGUGUGAGGACUGUUCCUGUCUGCCUGGUGGACAGGUGGAGUGCAGCUGUAAGCACCGCAGUGUGAGGAAAGAGAUCCGGGAUAUGACGAGGAUCGAGAUGGUCCGUUUCCAGAAUGCAGUCCGCAUCCUGCGUGAAGACAACACCACCAGCGUGUGGGAGUCGUUGCGGGACCUCUACAUGACACACAGCAUGCACGCCAGCGGGGGGGCCUACUUCCUUCCCUGGCAUCGCUACUUCCUGCGCGACAUUGAAAGGAAGCUCCAGGAGGUUGACUGCGACAUCAGCAUCCCAUACUUCGACUUCACCACAGAUAUCGGCAACAUGGCUGACGCGAUUGUGUGGCAGCCAAGCUACUUCGGUGGAGACGGCGAAGGGUCCGACAAUUGCGUGUCCGACUUACCGUUCGGAGGCCCUGGGACGUGGGCGCCAUGUGUAAUGAGAAGUUUUAACACAAGUGUCCACCUGCCAUCACAGCUAGAACUGGCAUUAGCACUGGCCAGCGAAGACUACAUGGAGAUGAGUCUUUGUCUGGAGACAUACGUCGCCUAUCUCCACACCUUCAUCGGCGGGGACAUGGCGACCACAUCCAGUGUAUAUGACCCAGUGUUUCUCGCUAUUCAUGCCUACAUCGACCACCUCUACUGGACCUGGCAGCUGAAGGAUCAGAACAUGUUCAAAUUCCCAGCAGCCUUUGGGAGCAUUCCCAUGAUUCCUUUCAAUGUAGCUCCUCGGGAUGUGUUCGACCUUGACAAUCUGUGUGUGACCUAUGUUCUCCCUUCUAAAGGUCACCCGUGUAACAAGACUGACCUUGUCCUGAGGCCAUCAAGGCCAGGUGUGCAACGAGGGGACAUCAACCCUGAGUUGGCGUAUGGCGUGGACAGCUAUGACCAGUUCGGGUAUGAUGAGGAUGGAUAUGACAGGCUUGGAUAUGACAUAUUUGGUUAUAAUCUAGAUGGGUUUAACAGAGAUGGUGUCAACAGAUAUGGAUAUGAUGUGAAUGAGAUCGGAAGGUUUGGCCUUGACCGGGAUGGAUAUGAUCUCCAUGGUUUCAACACUGAAGGCCGAGACAGGAGUGGUAACCCAGACACGUCAGGAAGGUUUGGGAGGGAUGGACUGAACCAGUGGUGUCUCACACGUGGAGGUUUGAACCGGGAUGGCUAUGAUCAAUAUGGCUUCACUGUACAUGGGUAUGAUGCUGAGUACUGCAACUACCUCAACAAUGGCCCGUACGCCACCAUCUACUCCAUGAAGAUCUUCGACAUCCUCAAGCGGCAAGGAAAGGGCUUCUUGAUGUCUCUGCCCCGAGUCUGCCCCGGGCUGGAACCCCUCCCUUCCCAGUGGGUGGAGCAGUACUGGGCCACCAACAUCAAGGAUGUCACAGGAAUGGUUCCUGUGAACAUGUCUGUCCAGACAUCACUGCCAUCCUCACGGUUCUGUUUUGACGUGGACCAGUUCAUUAGCCCAUGUCCAUGUGACAAGCCCAUUGCAACGUGCUCCACCAACCCCUGUGCAGGUGCCACAUGUCGGGCCUUCCCAGGGGCGCAGUGCCAGGUCAGCUUCUGUGGGGAGUGCUCUGCCCAGUGGUUCUACAACAACAUGGUGGUGGACUGCCAGGAGGAGAGAGACUUCUGCAACCCAAACCCGUGUGAGCAUGGCGGGACCUGUAUGGAGUCCAUCUGGAUCAACGAGCCGCACCUUGUCACAUGCAUUUGUCCCCCGGGAUACGACGGCCAUCUUUGUCAGUAUGAAGUGGAGGACGCCUGUACACUGCCCCUCAGUACUGGUGGCUGCAGCGCCCGGGAGACUCGCUGGUACUUCGACUACCGUCAACAGAAGUGUCUGGAGUUCAUCUACACUGGUUGUGGCGGCAACGGUAACAACUUCGCCAGCAUCAACUCCUGCCAGGCGCGUUGUCUCAUUGGAGCAUGCUGCUACCGAGAACCCCUCUUCCCAGAAAGAAUCAUUGGAUAUGACAGACAGGGAUAUGACAGAUAUGGCUUCAACAUUGAGGGACUAGACCGGAGUGGGCGUCGUCGGACAGUCAACAAUGGCAUCUUCACAGCCCGGGAGAGAUAUGACACAGAGGGCUUUGACUUCCAAGGCUAUGACAUCUACGGAUAUGACGAUGAGGGCUUUGACCGCCAAGGCUAUGACGAGGAUGGGUUUGACAGGGAGGGCUUCAACAGGACAGGGUACAGCCGCAUCGGCGAGUACGACGGCAUCAUUGACUACAACAUGGAAGGCUACGACCCAGAAGGAUUCAACAGGGCUGGGUACAACUGCCACGGCUUUAACCGAGAGGGACUGGACAUCUACGGUGUGUCGGCCGGGUUCAUGUACAGCUGUCGGUCCAUGACGCUCCAGAAGUGUCAGGCAACGGAGGCCCGCGAUGUGCAGGUGGUGCAGUUCACGCCAGGGAAACGCUGCGAGGAGGUGACGUGUGGGGAGACCUGUGGAUGCAUGUACAACAACCAGACAUACAAGCCGGGGGACACGUUCCGGUCCGGUUGUCAGACAUGCUCCUGCACAGAGAAGGGCGUGGUCGUCUGUGUGUGUGAUGCCCCCGUGAGGAGGAAGGAGGUGAGAGAGCUGACGAGGGAGGAGCGCGAGAGAUACCAGCUGGCUAUCAGGAAGCUGAUGGUUCAGACAGGUCGUCCGUCCAAGUGGCUCCGUCUGGCCCAGAUGUACGCCUCACAUCUGCCACAAGCUGUGGGCAGUGACGCUUUCCUGCCCUGGCAUCGCUACUUCCUGUGGCACGUGGAACAAGCCUUGCAGGAUAUUGACUGCAGAAUCGCCAUACCCUACUACGACUGGACAACUGACGCGGGAAAGCCAGAGAAAUCACUCAUCUGGGGUGCUAACAUGUUUGGCGGAAAUGGCAUGAAUGCUUCCGACUGCGUCUCGUACCAUCCUUUCAAGAACUACUUCCCCCCGUACUGGUCUCCGUGUCUCAGACGUAGAUUCGACACGUCAGUCAACAUGCCAGACCUUGUCAACGUCCAGCUGGCGCUACGGGAACCAUCCUUCCAGAAGUUCCGUCUCAGGAUGGAGGUGUACACCAAACUGUUCCAGACAUUCGUUGGAGGUCACAUGAGCACGGCUAUGAGUGCCUAUGAUCCAGUGUUCCUGUCUGUUGUUGCCUUCAUCGACAGUUUGUGGGACACAUGGCAGAUGACACACAGCGAUGGUUUGCUGCGAUACCCUCAAGGUCGUCGGUACCUUCCCAUGAUUCCCUUCAAGGUCACCCCAGACAAUGUGAUGGACCUCCGUAUUCAGAUGUGCGUUGAAUACGUGCCCCUCACACAAGGGGCUCCAUGUAAUGAGACGGAAGUGCGUAACUAUGGUUACGAUGUAAACGGAUAUGAUCGCCAUGGUUACAACAGAGCAGGAUAUGACGUUGACAGUUACGACACACUCGGUAUUAGUAAAGACGGUGAUCUUGACAAUCGUGGUAUUUAUGAUAUUCGUGGUUAUAACAGACGUGGAUAUGGCCGCUCUGGGUAUGACAUGUCUGGCAUGGAUGAGUUUGGUUUCUAUGUCGACACGUACAACAUGGAUGGAUUUGAUGCAAAUGGCUACGACAGAUCAGGGUACGAUAGAUAUGGCUUUAACCGAAGUGGAGUAACACCGUUUGGCUUCCACAAAAAUGCCUCCUACCUGGGUAUGCAUGAGGUCAAAUUGGAUGCAUUCGACACCUAUGGCUUCAACAAAUACGGGUAUGACAAGUUUGGCUUUGAUCGUGAAGGGUUUGAUCGUUUUGGGUUCGAUUCGAAGGGCUACAACCGUCGUAUAUGCAACUUCUACAAUCUGGGUCCUCUGAACGUGGUGGUCAGCCAUUACAUUAGGAAUAAGCUGAAUAAAUUGGACAAUGAGACCCUCCGGAACGUAAAGCGUAUUUGUCCACCGGUGACAUCACUACCGGACUGGCAGGUGACAAACAGUUGGCUGGAUCGCGGAGACCAGGUACAGCUGAUAGAGACAAUAGAGAGGACGGAUGCCCGUGCCCAGGAGACUGGUGUUAUGGCUCGUAACUACAGCGUGGAUAAGGACUUGAUCUGGCUGCCAUUGCCACCUGAUGAACAACUGUGCCUGGUGACCCACAUGUACACAGACUGCCCCCUGGACAACCCUGCUGUCCUGUGUCCGGACGACCUGUGUGAGGCACGCAACUGCCCAGCCCACCCAACAGCUGUUUGUCGGACUAGCAGUUGUGGUUACUGUCACCACGAGUGGUAUGACGGCGUCACUGGCAACAUGCUCAACUGUUCUGGCUGCUAUGACGAGGAUGUCCGUGAGCGACGUGAGGGUGAGACUUGGAACAAUGGCAGGUGUCAGAAUUGUCUGUGUCAGGAAGGACUGAUUGAAUGCACACCCAAGGUGUGUCCACCCACAACUUGCCAACAUCCCAUCACCAUGACAGAUGCCUGCUGCCUUACAUGUGAAGCUGGUUGCAGCUUCAAGGGCAACAAGUACCUGACAGGGACGCGGUUCCCGGACCCAGAAGAUGCCUGUGUCAGCUGUGUGUGUAACCGUGGCAACGUGAGCUGCAGUGUGGCCAGCUGCCCCGACCUGGGGGACUGUCAGAGCCCCACCCAGCUGGAGGGGGAGUGUUGUCCAGUGUGUCUAGACUGUGGGGCUCAUGCUAAUGCCACCAAGUGGUACCCCAGCCCCUGCCAGGAAUGUUCCUGUGUGAAUGGCGAGGUGUCGUGUCAGCGUGUGAAGUGUAACGAUGUAGACUGCCGCUUCCCCUACACCCCUGAUGGGUCCUGCUGUCCAGUGUGUGUGGCCUGCUUCUAUGAGGGAGCCAUCUACCAAGAAGGAGAGGAGUUCAAGCCUGAUGCCUGUCAAACAUGUGGCUGUCACCGUGGAAACAUCGUCUGUGACGUCAAGGACUGCCCAGCAACCAACUGCCCUGCACCAGUCACCCCAGUCAACCAGUGCUGCGCUGUCUGUGAUAGUGAUUGCGAGUACGAGGGUUCUACUUAUAAGCACCGGACGACCUUCACCCCGUCAUACAACCCCUGUCUCCAGUGUUCCUGUGAUAACUCCAUUGUCAGGUGCAACUCCAUCUCCUGCGCACCACACAACCUUGCAUGUCAACGUCCAGUCAUCGCCCCCGGGGAGUGCUGCCCGUCGAGAUGUCCUCAUUGCGUCCACGAAGGUUCCGAGUACGAGGAUGGACAGACCUGGUCUCCUGCUGGCAUCCCUUGCCAGGUAUGUCGAUGUCGCGACGGCCACGUCACGUGUCGCACCCGUGAGACCUGCGCCUUGGAAUGUACCCACGGUCUGGUGAGGGAUGGAGCGUGCUGCUCUGCUUGUUCAGAUUGCAUGUAUGACAGCAGAAUAAUCCAGGAUGGGGAGAGUUUUGUGAGAAGUGGGUCGCCAUGCCAACAGUGUCAGUGUACAGAGGGAAAUAUAGAGUGUCACCUAGGAGGGCCUUGUCCCCCACUGCCCUGCAAACUGACAGAGACACCCCAGGACCAGUGCUGCCCUCGUUGUACAGAGUGCACGUAUGAAGGGCGGUCCUAUCGCUAUGGGGAGAUGAUCACCAAGGACAAGUGCUCUCACUGUGUGUGUCGGGAGGGUCAGGUGACCUGUGAUCGAGUGCCGUGCCCACAGUUGCGGUGCGCUGAUCCACUGACGGUUCCAGGACAGUGCUGUCCGGUCUGCACCCGAUGUGAAUACUUCUCACAGUUCUAUGAAGAUGGUCAGACAUUUGUCUCACCUCGUGAUCCUUGCGAGUCCUGUGUGUGCAAAGGGGGCCAGGUGACCUGUCGCAGCAUCAAGUCGGACUGUCCCGCCAUGCAGUGCACACACCCUGGGUCUGUACGCAACCAGUGCUGCCGACAGUGUGACAGCUGCAUGUAUCUCCGGCGCAGGUUCCGUAACGGCCAGAAGUUCACGCCCCCUGGUGGGGACCAGUGUCAAACCUGUGUGUGCAGGGACGGUAGUGUGACGUGUGACAAGCUGGCGUGUCCAGAGCUCAACUGUCUCAACUCGUACACUCCAACAGGCCAUUGUUGCCCGAUUUGUCGCGUGUCCUGUCAGUAUGGAGGCCGAGAGUAUCGCGAGGGCCAGGCAUUCCCCAACCCCCAGGACGAGUGUUCUGUGUGCACAUGCAGGGACAGUCGUGUAGACUGUGAGAAGCGCAAGUGUCCGUCCUCCGUGUGUCUGAACCCUGCCACUCUGCCAGGGGAGUGCUGCCCCAGCUGUGAGUUCUGCCUGUACGACCGUCGGAUCUUCCGCAACCAUCAGCACUUCAUCCACCCCAGCAACCUGUGUGAGGAGUGCGUGUGCAACAGUGGGUCUGUGAUGUGUACCAUGAUAGACUGCCCCAAGCUGCCCUGUGACAACCCGAUGCCCAUGGCAGGCCAGUGCUGCUUCGUGUGCCCCAAGAGCUGCACGUACCAGGGUCUGUCCUAUGAGGAUGGGCAGACGUUCCGCAGUCCACGGAACAAGUGUGAAGAGUGUCUGUGUCGUCAAGGUCGUGUCCAGUGUCAGCGGGACUCCUGUGCGCCGGUGUCGUGUCGUCACCCAGCAGAGGAGGGCUGCUGUCGUGUUUGCAACAAUUGUUUCUACAAAACUCAGUUAUGGCGCAACGGCCAGAAGUUCCCGGACCCCCAGGACGAGUGUUCAAAAUGCCGAUGUCAAAAUGGAGAAGUGUCAUGCCAACGGCAGCAGUGUCCCCCUGUAUCAUGUCGAAACCCUGUCAUGGAGAACUGCUGUCCAGUAUGCAGGGAGUGUGAGUACCAAGGCCGGAGAAUCGGCAGCGGGCAGACAUUUACCCGUGUCGGUGGGAGCUGUGAGACGUGUGUCUGCGUGGAGGGUAACGUGGAGUGUCAGCGGAAGAUGUGCCAGGAGGUCACAUGCCGACACCCCAUUGAACGCGACUGCUGUAAGGAGUGUACGGACUGUUUCUACCAUGGCCGGGCCUUCAGCAGUGGCCAGUCCUUCCCGGACACCCAGGAUCGGUGCAAGGACUGUCGGUGUAUAUCCGGGAGCGUCACUUGUGAGCGGCGUGCUUGCCCCCGAGCUCCAUGCAAGAACCCGGUGAAGACGCCAGGUCACUGCUGCCCCCGCUGCUCCGACUGUGAUCACGAAGGUCAACAAGUGCGGAAUGGUCUUCGAGUGCCACAUACGUCAGACCCAUGUAUGGAGUGUGAGUGCCGACGUGGCAACAUGGACUGCUUUGAGAGAAGGUGUCCUGAUGCUGUCUGCCGCAACCCCGUUACGCGAGGUUGUUGCCAGGAGUGUGGUGACUGUUUAUAUGAAGGCAAGGAGUACAGCAACAGACAGACGUUCCUGGACCCGACAGACCGCUGUAAGGCCUGCAACUGCGUGGACGGCGACAUCAUCUGCUCACCGAAGCAGUGCCCGCGGGUCACGUGUUUGAACCCCAUGCAAGGGGAGUGUUGCCAGGAGUGCUCCAACUGUCUUUUCCAGGGUGCCGUGUACGACAAUGGCCAAGAGUUCCCAGACUCGGCCGAUACCUGCAGCUCCUGCUAUUGCAAGUCUGGCACCGUGGAGUGCAUUAGGAAACCGUGUGCAGAUAUUGUGUGCUCUCAUCCAAUCAGAGAUGGUUGUUGUCCGGUGUGUGAUCGAGGCUGCCAGUUUGAGGGCCGGGAUUAUCGUGACAAGGAGAAGAUUGAGCGUGACUGCCAGGUGUGCACAUGUACAGCUGGGAACAUGAGGUGUUUCCCCAAGUACUGUCCACCGGUCAAAUGCUCCAACCCGGUCACUGUGGACUGCUGCCCGGUCUGUGGAGACUGCAUGUUUGAAGACAGGAAGUUCCGCAACGGCCAGACGUUCCCCAACGUGAAGGAUCCGUGCAGUGAGUGUGUGUGCAGGGAUGGAACAUUCAAGUGCAGCAGGAAGUCCUGUCCAGCCCCCAAAUGUCCAAACCCUGCACAAGGUCAGUGCUGUCCCGAGUGUCGGAACUGUGAUCUCAACGGGAAGAUGGUGUCACAUGGCCAUCGAUUCCCGUCUGAGACAGAUCCAUGCAGUACGUGUGUAUGUCAGCUUGGGACGAUCAACUGUGACCGUCGCACAUGUGACAAAGUGUCAUGUGACCACCCUGUGAUUGAUUCCUGUGGAUGCUCAUCUUGUCGUCAGUGCAGCUACCGGAACACGACGUACCGACACAAUCAAGAAUUCCGAAACCCAGAUGAUAAAUGUUCGUCCUGCCAGUGUAGGGGUGGGAGUGUGCAGUGUUUCCGUCAGGAGUGUCAGUCUAAGUGCAGCCACCCAGCCCGAGACAAUGGCUGCUGCCCUGAAUGUCUGGACUGUCUGUACGAGGGUGUGAUUCACAAGGACAUGGCGUCCUUCGUGUCUGACGUGGAUCCCUGCCAGCAGUGUACAUGCAUGGGAGGUAGUAUCAUCUGUCAGACAAUCACGUGCCCAGCAGUCAGCUGUAUGACACCUGUCCAGCUCCCCACCGAGUGCUGCCCGUCAUGUCCAGUGUGUCAGUUCCUGGGUCAGACAUACCCGGAUGACAGCCGCUUCCAGCAUCCUGAAGACAACUGCCAGACCUGCACGUGCAAGAUGGGUCGGGUCAAGUGUGAGCGUGAGCAGUGUGCCGUCAAGUGUACACAUCCCCGCCAAGACCUGUGCUGCCCUUUGUGUACCGACUGCUUCUUCGAGGACACGCUGUACAGGAAUGGACAGUCCUUCCAGCCAGACCCCUGCAAGAGGUGCUCGUGUAGGGAUGGGAAUGUUGUGUGUGAAGAGGAGAAGUGCCCCACACUGACCUGCCUCAUGAAGGAGACACCGCCCGGCCAGUGCUGUGAGAAAUGUAAAGGUUGUGAGUUCCGUGACAUCCAGUAUGAGACUGGUGCGAUGUGGAUCCUGCCGGAGAACCCGUGCAUCUCGUGUACGUGCAGCGGGGGCCUGGUGACCUGCAUGGAGGUGGACUGCUACGUCCCGUGUGAUGAGCCGGUCCAGGUCCCAGGCCAGUGCUGCCCCGUCUGUCCCACAUGUAACUUUGAGGGCCGGCGCUACAAGAACGGGGAGGUGUUCACUCCCAAUGGAGACCCAUGUGACUACUGUACUUGUGAGGAUGGCCACCUGCGGUGUGUCCAUGAGGCCUGUCCCAGCACAGCCAACUGUCCCCCCGAGCAGCUGAUUGCUGCAGCUCCGGGCGAGUGCUGUCCUUCCUGUGCUGGAUUCGGAACUACCUGCACCCGGACUGAGAUCGGUCGGCGGACACACCCGCGUCCGGAGGAGCCUUGUUUCUACUGCGAGUGCAAGGAGGACUUCCAAUGGGAGUGUAUGAAGGAGCAGUGCAAGCCCCUCAGUUGCCCACCGACUGUCCAGAUCUUCACACGCGGACAGUGCUGCCCCAAGUGUCCACCUUGCUAUGACCAGACGGAGGGGAAGUACUACAAGGAGGGGGACGUCUGGUCAGCGGCCGACAACCAGUGCGUCACAUGUCGGUGUGAAAAGUCAGAGGUCAGGUGUAGCCUUCAGGAGUGUCCCCCACUACAGUGUACGGCAGCGGAACAACUUGUCCCAGACUCUACUGGUUGUUGUGAGGUGUGCCAGCCCGUGGAGGAUGCUACAUGUGUCUACUAUGACACUAUUUAUCAGCCAGGAGAUGAGUGGCCCCUAGAUGAGUGCACCCGGUGCAAGUGUAUCGCUGGUAAAGUGAAGUGUGCAAUUAAGCGGUGCCCUGCUCUUGACUGUACUCCCGAUGAAGUGCCCACUGUUACCCCUGGCAACUGCUGCCCAGUGUGUCUCAAACAGCCAGGGACCUGCAUCGUGUAUGGAGACCCUCACUACCGCAGCUUCGACGGCACCACCAUCCACUUCCAGGGUAUGUGUCGGUACAUCAUGGCUGCUGACUGCGAGAACAACAACUUUACAGUGGAAGUCCAACAUGACGAUCGAAAUGCACCUGGGGAAGUUUCUUGGGCUCAGAACUUCACCAUCACCAUGAGUGACAUCAUCAUUGAGAUGCUACAGAACCAUGUUGUCAAGGUGAACGGCCGUGUGGUGGAGUUGCCGUUCCUGUAUGAGCCGCGUGUCCACAUCGAGAUGUCAGGCAGCACCGUCCUCCUCAACACGGACAUAGGACUGAAGUUGCUGUGGAAUGGGGACAGCUAUGCCGAGCUGAGCAUCACCGGGGGUUACAAGAGAAAGCUGUGUGGACUGUGUGGGAACUUCAAUGGCUUUCCCCAUGAUGAUCUGCGGACCAAGUUUGGUCAAAUCACAAACUCCCCAGCAGUGUUUGGCAACAGUUGGAAGGCCAAGACGCAGCUGGGGGAGGAGUGUGCCGAUGCUGAUGAUGUAGAUCCAUGUACAGGCGCCGGGUACCGCAUCAGGAAGAUUGCCACCACCAAGUGUUCCAUCAUCACGAGCAAGGUAUUCUCCCGAUGUCACAAGGUUGUCUCCCCUGAACCAUUCUUCUCUUCAUGUGUGUAUGACAUGUGUGCAUGUGCCGACAGCCCCAACUGUCUCUGUGACAUCCUGGCAUCCUAUGCACACGAAUGUGCGAAAGCCAAGGUCAAAGUUCAGUGGAGAACUAAUAAUCUGUGUGCCUUUACCUGCCCACCUGACUCUGGGCUGAUGUUUGACGACUGUGGUCCAGUGUGCCCCCGGACAUGCGAGAACCGAGACACGCCCCUCGGCAACCUGGAGGAGAACUGCUACAAGCCGUGUGUGGCCAGCUGCCAGUGCCCGGCCAACAAGGUCCUGCACAGCGGCCGCUGCAUAACCCCCGAGAACUGCCCCGAGCUGGAGAAGGUCACAGAGGAAGAGCUGUCCUAGAGAGCCGAGAUGUCAAAGGAAACACGUUCUCAGCUAAGAAGCCUCAGUGAAAAGUAUAUAUGACAUCAAGAAACACAGGACAUUGAUGAAUACCGGUAUACAAUCGUAGCACUCAGAUGACCAUAAACCCGCAUACUCAGACAUAAAGUUUGGGCAGCACUGAGAUGACUUUGUGGAAUGGACCCUAUGGGAUUAAAAAUAAAAUAUAUCUUCACAGAUGUCAUCACUAAAGAGUAAGACAGAAAAAGGACAGUCAUGUGACAUCAAGGAUCAAGGUCACUGUGUCCGUGACCUCUACAAGGUCACUGUGCUACCACCUUCAGCUUGAUGAGAUGCUCGGUGAACAUUUUUUAGCCGUCACACGAGAAUGAGACAAUACUCUACUGAUGUUUGAGCUGUGCAAUAACGUACAUGCCAUGAUGUACAAGUCUUGUUUAGUUAGUCACUGUGUCAUGUUGUGUGCGUACAGAUGUUUUCCGCCUUACAGCGCCAUAGAAUACAUAGAUGGUAAAGAGCCAGUUUACCUGUGGUUUCAUCUCAUUAAAAUCAGAUCUUAGUUCUCGCUAUCGCUAAACAAAGAUCUGAGGACAUCCCAUUAAGGGUCAUGUCAGAACGACCUUUCAUCCAACCAAUCACAGCGUCGC